CUUCACGAUGAUUGCGUCCUCUCCUGCACCCUUCACUUUGUUCAUCUCUACGAACAUGGUUUCAACGUGAGCUAGCACGCACUCCAGUCACCAGUCUUCUCCCACAGAACACUAGUCGAUGGCCCUCAGGCUCAGUUGCGAGGACUACACCGUGGGAUGGGUCUGCGUCCUCUCAGUCGAGCUGGCGGCCGCGGAGGAACUGCUCGAUGAAGAGCACGAAACGCCUGCAUACGAUGCCCGCGAUACAAACAUCUACACAUGCGGAAGAGUCGGCGAUCACAAUGUCGUGAUCGCUUGCCUGCCUGAAGGCCAGAUGGGCGCCAACUCAGCUGCAGCAGUCGCCGUGCAGAUGAAGUCGACUUUCACCUCAACUCGCUUCGGUCUGAUGGUCGGCAUCGGAGGCGGCGUUCCCAGCGAGGAGGCAGACGUCAGACUUGGCGACGUCGUGGUCAGCAAGCCGCACAAGACGCAUGGCGGAGUGGUGCAGUAUGACUCUGGGAAGGCCACCCCGACCGGGUUCGAGCGAGUAGGCUCGCUCAACUCGCCGCCUACGAUACUCCUUGGCGCCGUUGCGAAAGUGCGGGCUAAGCACAUGAGGGGGAGAGGCAAGUUAUUGGAGUAUCUUUCCAAGCUUGCCAGCCUGCCCGAGUUUGGGCGCGAAGCUGCUGGCCCGGACAUUCUCUUCGAAGCAGAGUACAGCCAUGAGGGAGGGACUACGUGUAGAGCGUGUAGUCAAGACCGUUCAGUAGCUCGCGAGGCAAGACGGCAGGAAGUGGUAGUGCAUUACGGAACGAUUGCAUCUGGCAACCAGGCCAUGAAGACCGCUGCCGAGAGAGACAGGCUCAGCGCAGAGCUUGGUGGGGUGCUGUGUUUCGAGAUGGAGGCGGCAGGCCUGAUGAACAGCUUCCCGUGUCUGGUGAUUCGCGGCAUCUGCGACUAUGCCGACUCGCACGAGAACAAGAAGUGGCAGAUGUAUGCAGCAGGGACGGCGGCAGCGUACACAAAGGAAGUGUUAUCGGUGAUUCCGUCAGACAAGGUGGAGGCCGAGCAGAAGAUUGUCGACGUCCUCUCUGGCCUCCAAGAAACCGCAGCAAAGCACCAGCUAAUUGCCGAAGACCAUCGAAACAUUGCAGAGAAAUCGCUCAGGUUUCAGCAAACGGUACGCGAGCAAGAGCUGUCCGAUCGUCAGAAAGAGUGUCUGCAACUGUUUCGCCUGACCAAGAGCACUCAGGACGCCACCUACGAGUGGUACAAGGACCGUGUGGAAGACCGGAUAGAAGGCACGUGCGAAUGGUUUCUUCGACACGCCCACUUUCAGGAAUGGCUCGAACGAGUCUCGGGGCCGCUACUGGUCUCAGCAGACCCUGGAUGUGGGAAGUCGGUCUUGGCAAAGUAUCUGGUUAACCAUGUCCUGCCAGAGUCGGCGACCGUCUGCUACUUUUUUUUCAAAGAUCAGGACCAGAACACAGUCCGCCAAGCGCUCUGUGCGCUGCUGCACCAACUCUUCUCCCAGAAGCCAGAUUUACUUAAGCACGCUAUGAGACAGUACGAGCAGGAUGGCAAGGGCCUAGUUGACUCGACGAAGUCACUCUGGACGGUCUUAGAAAACGCCGUGCAGGACAGUCAAGCAGGACCUGUUAUCAUAGUCCUUGAUGCCUUGGAUGAGUGCGCGGAGUCAGAGUUCGAGGAUCUGAUGCGCAACAUCGAAGGCCAGUCUUGCAACAGUCAGUCGAGUCGUGGCGCGCUCAGAUAUCUCAUGACGAGUCGUCCAUACGAGCAGAUUGUAGGCAGAUUCCAGAGUCUACUCAAGGCUUUUCCGUGCAUCCACAUACCUGGGGAAGAGAAGUCUGAAACCAUCAGUCAUGAGGUUAACCAUGUCAUCAAGUACCGGGUUGAACAGCGAGCAGGAGAUGAAACGCUUUCGAACGAUACAGCAGCUGGUCUACUAGAUGCAUUGCUUAGAAUCGAACACCGCACGUACCUCUGGGUGCAUCUAGUGUUUGACUAUUUGGAGUCUGAAGGUUUCAAGAAGACUAGAAGGGGAAUCGAGUCUGCAACCAGGUUGCUACCAACAACUGUCAACCAGGCGUACGAGAAGAUCUUGAGCAAGUCUAAAGAUCGACCAAUGGUCCGCAAGGCCUUAGCCAUCAUCUUAGCCGCAAAUCGGGCACUGACGCUCUCCGAGCUGAAUGUCGCCAUCGAGAUAGAGGAGACUACGCAGUCAUGGCAAGAGCUCGACCUUGAAAGCGAAGAGGACUUCAAAUCACGCCUUAGGUCGUGGUGUGGACUGUUCGUCUCAGUCUAUCACGGGAAGGUUUACUUUCUUCAUCAGACUGCCCGCGAAUUUCUCUUGGCAGAUGUGUCAUCAUCUACUACUGUACCUCAAGGGGUGCGAUGGCAACACUCUGUUACAAUGCAGCAAGCGCACAGGACCCUCGCAGAGCGAUGCGUGCGGUAUCUUAGCUUCUUUGACCCAGAACCCGGCUUUGCUGUGCAUGCGAGAGGAGGUGAAAAUAGUCAACAUCACAGCAUGGAUGCCAUGUUUGAAUACUCCGCUAAGUUCUGGCCGAUGCACUUCCGCGAAGCCAGAUUAAGCACUAGCAAAGAUGCUAAUUUAUUACAUCUUGGGCUAAGAGUGUCUGAUCCAAGGUCUACAUGUUUUUCACAGUGGUCUCAACUGUAUGAAGGCAUGCAUAUAUUUGACCAGAUCAGUACUAUUAUGCCCCAUCUUACUGUUGUGUCAUGGUUUGGACACGAUGAAGUUGUCAAGAUGCUGCUCGACAAAGGCGCCGACGUCAACGCACAGAGUGGAUACUACGGCAACGCACUGCAUGCAGCUUCAGCUGGAGGCCAUGAGCAGGUGGUCAAGAUGCUGCUCGACAAAGGCGCCGACGUCAACGCGCAGGGUGGUUACAGCGGCAACGCACUGCAGGCAGCUUCAGCUGGAGGCCACGAGCAAGUGAUUGAGAUGCUGCUUGACGCAGGUGCUUAUCAACCUCAGGAAGAACGCUGCAGAGAUCUUAGCCGGAGCCUAUUGACCUGAAGGAGGGUUUGCCUAUCAACAUACCUGUAUGAACGACAAACCUGCAAAUUUGCUUAUCAGAGGCGCCGGCGGUCCGAACUGCCAACCUGUCUCGGGACAUGGUGUGUCUCUUCAC